AUGGCGAACAACUCGCUAAGUGCAAGAUGCAAGGCAGCUUCAUCGCUCCGCAUCACCCCCUCCAACUCCCCGGUUUUGCGACCGCCAACGCGCUCCUCUGUGCACAAGACGCCAUUGAACCAGACAACUUUGAGCCUGCAGACAGUGAUCGGAACGACUACGACUACCCCUCACGGUUUCUCGAGCCAUGAGGAAAGCAAGUCUUUUGCCCUCUGCGCCGGCUCGGUGGUGGUUUUGGCUGAGUUAGACGACGAGCAUUGUGUGAACCAACGCUUUUUCAGGGCACGACCCUCGGCAGCCAGUGUCAACCCAGUGACGUCGUUCUACAGCCAAUCUACCCCUCCCACCACUCCUGACAGUCGAGCGAAAUUUUCGGGGAGUAUAAGAUCUACCACCCAUAGCAAUGCUUACAAUGGAUCUCCAUCCAACGACCCGGUUGACAAUGGUAGUCCGCGUGGAUGGUCAUCUCGGGAGAGGGUGAAGGCUGUUACGAGUACCGCGAUCAGCCCUAAUGGAAGGUUUCUGGCAGUAGGAGAGACUGGCUAUAGCCCUAGGGUUCUGAUUUUUUCAACAGCAAAAGAUGCCUCUUCCGAAAUCCCGCUUUCAAUACUGACCGAGCAUACAUUCGGAGUGCGAGGCCUGGCCUUCAGCUCGGAUUCCCAGUAUCUAGCCACUCUUGGAGAUGUAAACGAUGGAUUUCUCUUCGUAUGGUCUGUGAAUCUAAAGACCGGUUCGGCAAAGCUCCACUCGACCAACAAGUGCACCUCCUAUGUCCGUGACAUGUGCUGGAUGGGUCAGACUUUGAUCACGGUAGGAGUUCGGCAUGUGAAAGUUUGGAGGCUUCCAGAUGCAAGGCCUGCUUCUCCACGGUCUCGCCUUACGGUGGAGGCACCGAGCAUCUCUCCAAAUCACACCCCUAGGGCGUUCUCGGGGCGGAAUUGCUUACUGGGAUCGCUGGCGGAAAGCACUUUCACCAGUGUAGCAAGCAUUUCUGAUCGGGAGUCGGUAGUGGGCACCGACACGGGUGCUUUGUGCUUUGUGGAUGAUAGUGAAGGAUCCCAGAAGUUGUCCGUUGUCCAGCAUAUGGAAUUCGGCAUUGCCUCAUUAGCGGUCGAUUCGUACCGCUCCUGUGUGUGGGUUGGUGGACGGGGUGGACAGAUCCAGCAAUGCACCUUCGAAAAAAUACGCUCGUCGACUGUACCAUUAUCCCCCGCGCUUUCUGGCCGGUCCUCGGCAGAGCAGGGUUUCAAGGGUCCUGCGAUUGUUUGCCUCGGAUCUUUGGGAUCUCAUCUAGUGACAGUUGACAUGACAAACGCCAUCGACAUCUAUUCGAGCAACAACGUGAGCGAGGACGUUGACCAGAGGGACGCUCAAAACAGGAUCUGUGCUCAUCGGGAUGGGGUUCUUGGAAUACGGCCACUCCAAACCCCGAAUCAACUUGAAGCAGAUUUCUUCACAUGGUCACGGAAAGGUACUGUGAACUUCUGGAACACUCAAGGCAAGUGUAAGGAUUCACGCACGAUUGCCCUGGAGCACCCUGCGGGAAACGACGAAGAUAUUUCCAACGAAUUGAAAGUAGUACGUACCACGGAUGAUAUGGACAGAUUCUUCUCUGGUGAUAAAUUCGGUGUCCUACGGGUAUUGCAAGGCGAUUCGUGGAAAUCCGUGCAUGAAGUCCGAGCUCAUGGAGGGGAGAUUACAGACAUUGCCCUGCAUAUAACACCUGAAUCCUGCUUAGUUGCCAGCUCUGGGCGCGAUCGCAUGGUUCAGCUGUUCGAACGAAACAAUGACAAGCUGCAAUUGAUCCAAACCAUGGAUGACCAUGUUGGGGCCGUGAGUCAGCUUCUUUUCAUCGAUGAUGGGGAGAAGCUGCUUUCGUCUUCUGCUGAUCGGACCAUUCACGUCAGGGACCGUGUCACUCGAGAGGUCGACGGCGAGCCGGUCAUUGCCUAUUUGAUCUCCAGAGUGAUCACGAUGAAGGCAUCCCCAGUGUCGAUGACUCUUUCUACUGACACGGAUGUUCUCGUCGUGUCUACGGCUGAUCGAUGCAUCCUACAGUAUGAUCUAGCUUCUGGCCGUCAAAUUACUUCCUUCCGGGCCAUUGAUUCGGAUGGAAGUGACACAGUCGUCAUGAACUCUUUGACGGUAGCUUCUGACAUGUCAGGACAGAGUUUCUCCAAGUUACUUGUCGGGGUUUCCGGCACCGACAAGUCCAUUCGUGUAUAUGACUUGGAGCGGGGCGUGCUUCUCACGGGUGAGUUUGGUCACACAGAGGGACUGAGUGACGCUUGCCUACUGGACCAUCACUCCAGUUCCCCCGCCAGCCCAAAUGGACGGGUCCUGAUCAGCUCGGGGCUUGAUGGUCUGGUCAUGAUUUGGGGUGUAUCCAUGCUUCCCCAGUCAUCACAGGAUGUGGCACAGGCGGUCAUCAAAGAUGAUGAUGCUCCUGUGAAGGAGCUGACGGUUGCAAAGCCCCCUCUACGCAAAAUCCUGUCGAAACAUGAAUUGGCUGGGCUUCAGCGACAGGAAAACAUUGCCGUCACCCCAACGCCGGCGCGCGGUCAUUCUCCGACUUUCUUACGCAAAUUUUCCAAAUUCUCAUUUUCCACUUCUACAAAAAAUGGGCACACCCCCCCACCUACGACACCUUCAUCGACGUCCAAUCGGCGAUCCCCUGUCCCCAGCGUUCGCCGGGAAAAGCCCCAUUCAUCGUCACCUUCUUUGCAUACUUCCAAGCCAGCAGGUAUGAGGAAGAGUGGUGGCAGGAGUGACUCUCGCCGUUCCUCUCUUGAUUUCCGGGCUCGCGCCAGGAAUUCCGGGAAAAGCGACUUUGGAAGUCUUGAUACGUCCACUGAACAAGUCUGUCGCACCUUGAAGGCUUACCGGAAAAAGCUUAAUGGGUCCACGGAGCAUGUGCAUGCUCAAAAGGAGCUUGAGAGAGAGCUCAGUCUUACUCUGCGCGCUCUCACUUCUCGGAGCCAUAGCAGUGAGAGCGCCGAAACAGAGACCGAGAGCAGCGGGAAAGAGAAUGAAAAGCUCGUGGGUGAUGGUGCAUCCAACAAUACCAUAUAUGCGCCAUGUUCCAUACCGUCUCCAGACGAACGUUCGAACGAGACACCGGAAGCUUCGGUGGGCCUCUCCGUCCAUGCCGAUGGGGAGGAUUGA